CUAUGUCGUCUUUUAGCAAACACAGAUAGUUAAUACCCUUACAGCUUACAAAAAUAGGUAGCCGAAGACUUUGUCUGAGAGGAAUAAAUAAUCGGGGCUUAACAAUCGUCAUUCGUGAUUGUGAUUUCAGUAACAAAAAUUUCUUGACUGAAAAGAAAUAUGGAGAUUUUAGCUGGACAAACUCUUGUAAAGAGAGAUCAGAGCAAAAUUGCUGCUGAUGAAGCUUUAAAAGAUAAAGAAGUUAUUGGUUUAUAUUUCUCUGCCCAUUGGUGCCCACCCUGCAGAGGAUUUACUCCCAUUCUUGCUGAUUUCUAUGAAGAAGUUAGUGAUAAGCCUUUGGAAAUAAUCUUUGUUUCUUCUGAUAGAUCAGAAGAUGCUUUAUUUGAUUACAUGAAUGAAGCUCAUGGCGACUGGUUGGCGGUACCUUUUGGAGCACCAAUUACUGAUCAAUUGAAGAAAAAAUAUGACAUCCACGGGAUUCCAACUUUAAUAGUUAUUAAAAAAGAUGGAACUAUAAUCUCUACCAAUGGAAGAUCUGAUGUUGAGAAAAAAGGAGCAUCUGCUUUUAAAGAGUGGAGCAAAUAAUUUUUUUUUCUUUUCAUUCAUGCAAAGUUUAAAAUAUAUUUUGUUAUCCAAUAAGCAUGCUUAAACUAUUGUUCCAGCUAUGUUACUCAGAUAUAUAAUGGUUAUAUGAUUUCAUAUUGAAUAUUAUUAAUAUUUAUUACAUGGCAAUAAACCUUUUUAAAUAUUGUGAAAAAUUUUAAAUAUUGUAAUUUUGGUAUUUUAUUUUUUAUGCAAUGUGAAUAAAGUAAUUUUAUUUAAGCUUGUCUAUUUUAAAAGUAUUGAAAAUUAUGGCUAGUUUCUUUGAACUGUUAACUGAAAUUAAAAAGCAUUAUUUGUAAAAUGUUACCUGAAAUAAAACAUUCCAUGGUUAUUCAA